CGGGAAGACAAAGUCAACAUAGACAUAGAACGACCCCGACGCGUUGGUCGUAUCUCACGCAACUGCUUUUAAGGGUUGCAUGUGAGUUCGUCUGAAUUGAAGAGAUCUGUAUUCAGUUGUUGAACUAAGAUAACCGCUGGUGGCUGACGCAGGACCUUGACUACAUUGCUUUGACUGCUAUUAUUUUUAGAGGCUUGGCAGAAGGUAAAGGCGGUACCGGGAGAGGCAGCUAACAGAUUUCGAAUUGCAGAAGUAUGUUGAUGGUGUUUCGGUUCAUUUCAAACUAUAUUAGGCAGUCAGUUAAUAAUCGAUAAAGUUCUGUUCAUAAAGUGCCGUUCAUCGUGGUUUCAACUUAUUCGCAGCAAUAUGUCUGAAGCCAUACACUUUCCUGACUACGAAAUUUCAGAAUUCUCUGGAUAUGCUCAGGAGCUUCCAGUAAGUAGCUCAAUAACUUACUUUUUUUCAUAGCUAUAUACUAUAGUUUUAUCGCAUUUUAUCUAAAAAAAAAAAAUUAGUUUAAUAUUUUUUACUUUAUCAGAAAAAUAGUCCCCCACCCCUUUUCAUUUUUAAUGUAAAAUACCAUUAAAUACUAAACUCGUUUGUAAUUAAAGAUAACUAAUGACUAAAUUAAUCUAAGCAAGAGUGAAUUCUCAUGCCGCCUUACGACCCCUACGUAUUUGAGAUUUAUGAUUACGUCUAAAUCAAUAUUAUAUAGGCCUAUAUUAAUAGACAAAUAAUUCAUGUUUUAAAACAAGUUUUAUUCUUUACGUUCUUUCCCUUUUUAUUUUCCGUAAUAAAAAUAAUUUAAUGUUCAUCAAGCAUUCUUCAACAUUUAUUUUUUUUUAAAAUCAAUUAUAAAAAAUGAACUUUUCCGUACAAAUUUCGCGUGUACCACGGCAAAUUAUAAAAUGCACCUUGACUAUAAUUUCUCUCGACAUCACGUUUUUCGUUUUCUCUAUAUCUUUUCUAAAAAUAAAAUAUAGGCCCAAUAAAUUAGUAUUCUCCCCCCCCCCCCCCCCUGUUCAGUCCAACACAACGAACAGAAUGAUAACGAUCGCAAAUGUAGGCCUCGGAUUUAGUUCUAUGCUCAUUCCCCAAACUAUUUCAGUGCAUUGCUUUUUAAUAGAAAUAGAAUUUUAAAAAACAACAACAACCGGAAACAGAUUUUUUCACGAAUUUUCCAAACACUUAAAUUCCAUAUACUUUUUAAAAAACAAACUACGAAAUAUUUAAUGCGAUGAAGUAAAAUAAGUUAAACUUGUUGAUGUUGAAAAAAAUAGCAUUCAAACUUCGACGUUGAGUUUUCAUUAGGGUCAACCUUGUGUCACUCUCAACAAUUGAUAUAAUGCUAUUGUUUUUGUUUUCAAAUAAUUUUUUAAAAAAUCCUUGAUAAUCGUCUGUCAUUGAGACAUGUUACAUGUAGAAGCAAAAUGUAGAUAAUCUUCUCUCAAUGAGAUAAUAUGUUACUCAUGUUACACGUAGAAGCAAAAUUUAGGAAUAAGAUAUUAUAUUACAGAUUUUAAAAAAAAUAAUCUUAUCAUUCACUUUACAGCCGGGAUUAGUGGCGGGACGAAUGGAAAGGGGGGGGGGGCUUAUGUACCCGGGCGCCAGACUAGUUGGGGUACCAUAAUGGGCUUAGCUGGUCUUUUAUUGAUGAAAAUAAUGUGUUUCAGCAUUGACAAGGGGUGGGGGCGUAAAAAUGUAUCUUGUUCUCGGGCCCCAAACACCCUAGAAACAAAUUUGGCCGGGACCCCACAGAAAACUCUUCAUUUGGGUGCUUUAUGUGUACUGUACAAGACAUCCAUAACUUACGCGUCAACUCAAGUCAUCAGUUAUAUGGUACCGAGCUGUUCAUAAUCAUUGAUGAGGGCUUAACCCCAUUAUCCGACUUUUUUAAAUCUACCGGUUUUCAUUUGAGGGCAGGGCACUUGGUUAAAUAUUUGUGUAUUAAUGUAUAUUUGUUCCUAGCCCCCGAUGAUGUCGGUUAUAUUCGAUGGCCUUCAUUAUUUCAAAAGCACGUGACAUAGUUCGGCUUUAGCCCUAUAUUAAGUCAGGGUCAUCUAGAUCAGUGGCUCUCAACCUUCCUAAUGUCACAACCCUUUAAAAUAGUUUUUAAAGUUGUGGUGACCCCCAUACAUACAAUUAUGUUCGUUGCUACUUCAUAAAUAUGUGUUUUCCUAUGGUCUUAGACUACCCCUGUGAAAGGGUCGUUCGACCCCCAAAGGGGUCGCGACCCACAGGUUGAGAACUGCUGAUCUAGGGUGUGUUAGGAUCAUCUAAAGUGUCAGCUCCAUAUCAAAUCUUAUAGUCGGCAUGUAAUUUGCAUAUUUGACAAAGGUUGGAAAUCAUAUUAUUUCGAUCCAAACAAUUUAUUUCCAUCCUAUAUUUUGCUGCAGUUAAAAUGUCCCGUUAAAUUCUAAAGCUUUCAAGAGUGAGCAGUCUUUCAUGUCAGGAAUGUCGUCCACAACAUACAUGCUAUGGAUCUAUAUUCCAUUAAAAUACAUUUAUAUCUUAUUUCAACAGGAUUCACUGCCUGAGUAUUACAGACCAUGGCACGAGUUGGCCAACAAAACUGCAAAUCUUAUUGCUUCACAGACGGUGAAGACUGAGACAGAGAAGGUCAGUAUCACGAUGGACAUUUCCCUUAAUUUGUCUUACAAUCAGUGGCCACCUGCACACAGAAGUUGUAACCGCCAUCCAUCAAAUAUUUCACUACAUAUGCUUCGACCCACGAGUAAUUCAUAGUAUUUGUUUCGGUCACUGGACGUGUUUUUUUUUUUUUUAAAGUAUGGACGGUCUAGUUGCCUAAAUAGAUCUCUUUUCUAUUUAAACGAAGUUAUUAUUGUUGACUUGACAAAAUAUGUAGAUGUGUGUAUUCUUCUUCUCACAUUGUGUUCUGAUGGAAAGCGUGAAGAUGGAGUCCCUAUAUUUCUAGGCAAGAUAUCGACAAAGCCAAUAAUGCGACAUAUGUUUUGAAUGUCUUCACUUCCCAGCUUCCUCUGUUAGAUAGCAGCAAGCUGCAAGACUUCAAAGACCUUCGACUGGCUCACCUACAGCUCUGUAUCAUAACGUCAGGCUACGCUUGGGAGAGUGGACCACAUAACGUUGUGCAGGUAAAGUUACUGUGUUUACUAUGGUAACUCAUACUUGCCAGAUUUCUUUUAUGUCAGGAUUCAUCUCAAAACUAUGAUACAUCAAGUUUUGUGUGUUGAAGAUGUUGGGGUGAAAUUUAAAAAAAAAUAAUAAUAAUUAUCCUAAAAGUAUCAUCCAUUAGGCUUCCGACCAUCCUUUCGCCUACCACUUUCGUUGCCGCCCCCCCCCCCAAAACACUGCAUUUAAAAGUGAUAGUUAAUUUUUUGCCACAUCACAACUUUGUGCCCCUAAAAUAUCCGAGGCCCCUUGAAGUUACGAUAAAUUCCCUCUUGCUGCCCAAGUUUUACAAACUAAGCUACAUUGAUGACAGGUUGCAGUUAGUGGCUCCCCUUACCCACGUAUUUUGGAUAUGCCCAAGUGAGCUGAAACAGGUUUACGUCUAAUUUUACGACAUCCACUGAAUAACUCCACGCAUAGCCUACAUGUAGCACUAACACAUUUUUGCUGCUACUAAUGAUGUGUAGACUCUGUAUCCUGACAAACGUUUCCAAUGACAGCGAGCAUAUGAUUAAGUAGUUACAAAGCAACUGAUAUAAUUUAACCCGUGCCAUCUAAUGAACCUAGCUGCAAGUUCUUCAGAGAAAACACUGAUCAAACCAAGCCUUUUCAUGUUUAAAAGAAAGAAAGAAAGAAAGAAAGAAAGAAAGAAGAAAGAAAGAAAGAAAGAAAGAAAGAAAGAAGAAAGAAAGAAAGAAAGAAAGAAGAAAGAAAGAAGAAAGAAGAAAGAAAGAAGAAAGAAAGAAAGAAAGAAAGAAGAAAGAAAGAAAGAAAGAAAGAAAGAAAGAAGAAAGAAAGAAGAAAGAAAGAAAGAAGAAAGAAAGAUGAAAGAAAGAAGAAAGAAAGAAAGAAAGAAAGAAAGAAAGAAAGAAAGAAAGAAAGAAGAAAGAAAGAAGAAAGAAAGAAAGUAAGAAAGAAAGAAGAAAGAAAGAAGAAAGAAAGAAAGAAAGAAAGAAAGAAAGAAAGAAGAAAGAAAGAAAGAAAGAAAGAAGAAAGAAAGAAGAAAGAAAGAAAGAAAGAAAGAAGAAAGAAAGAAAGAAAGAAAAAAAGAAGAAAGAAAGUAAGAAAGAAAGAAGAAAGAAAGAAGAAAGAAAAAAAGAAAGAAAGAAAGAAAGAAAGAAAGAAGAAAGAAAGAAAGAAAGAAAGAAAGAAGAAAGAAAGAAAGAAAGAAGAAAGAAAGAAAGAAGAAAGAAAGAAAGAAAGAAAGAAGAAAGAAAGAAAGAAAGAAAGAAAGAAAGAAAGAAAGAAAGAAGAAAGAAAGUAAGAAAGAAAGAAGAAAGAAAGAAGAAAGAAAAAAAGAAAGAAAGAAAGAAGAAAUAAAGAAAGAAAGAAGAAAGAAAGAAGAAAGAAAGAAAGAAAGAAAGAAAGAAGAAAGAAAGAAAGAAAGAAAGAAAGAAGAAAGAAAGAAAGAAAAAAAGAAAGAAAGUGCCGGUGUUCACAUUUUGUAUUAAGGGUCCAUAAUGACGUAACGCAUAAUCCAUAAAAAAGGUGUAGGCCUAUGUACGUCGUCGUGCCCCCCCCCCCCCAAAGCGCUGGAUAACCAAAUGCGCGCUUAAACUUGAAGGAGUUAGAUCAACAUAUUGACUAUUGGCAUAUUUUGAGAAAAAAAGGUGGGGGGGGUAAGUUCUUUUAAAUAUUUAUUUUCACUAAAAAAAGAAAGAAAAAAAAAAAAAAAGUGGCGGUGUUCACAUUUUGUAUUAAGGGUCCAUAAUGACGUAACGCAAAAUCCAUAAAAAAAGUGUAGGCCUAUGUACGUCGUCGUGCCCCCCCCCCCCCAAAGCGCUGGAUAACCAAAUGCGCGCUUAAACUUGCAGGAGUUAGAUCAACAUAUUGACUAUUGGCAUAUUUUGAGAACAAAAGGUGUGGGGGGUAAAUUCUUUUAAAUAUUUAUUUUCACUAACCUGCUUAUUACUGCCACUUUGUUUUAUCAUGUUUAUAUUCCGGGGUUCGCCAAGAUAAGCUAAUGCUAUGAUGACGAAAAUGUCAAUAAUAUAAUAUGAGAGAUGUUAGAAAAAAUAACCUUUACCUUAAACAAAAUAAUAUCUAUAGGACUGCCUAUUAUAUUAUACAGGCCUACUGCUAUAUAAAUUAUAUAACACUUAAAUAAACCCGACACAAAACGUUGAUAGAUCUAAUUAAGUUUUAGCACGAUUCUUUGACCUUAUUUUAUGUUUGAAAUUCCAGAAAAUUUUAAACAACUUUCACCCGUUUGAUAUUUAGAUCUGGUAAAUAUUAAUUAAAUUUAAUUUACCAUCAGGAAUCAGGACCAUCGUGAUGGGAAAUGUUCAAAAUGACAUUUAAAAAUAUGGAAUUGAAAGGGUAGAUGGGAGUGCGUCGCCAUGAGACUUUUUAAAUAAAAUUGACCUGGUCACUUUGAAAGUUAAAGUAGGUUUUAGGCUAUAUAUCAAAUAUAUUUUAUAAAAUGCAGUCACUAUUAGUCAAAUUUGGGAAAUAAUUUUGAAACCGGUCAAGCUAUAGUGAUCUACUUUGGGAAAUUCAAACUUAAUUUGUUAAAAUUCAACAAGUGACAUAUUAUUUUCAGAAUGAAGCAAGCAGUAACUUGUUAAGUGUAUUAUUACAGAUAUUUUUGGCCCUUUAUUAUUUUUGUAUGUUUAAUGUUGGUCUUAGAAUAAUAUGAAUGACUGUUUUGAAAUAAGAAACACAUAUUUCGACUGUUUCUUCUUAGAGAAAUAUUAAGAUCGACUGUCUCAGUAAUUAAUUUUCAAUAGUUUUUGAAAAGGUUUUAAAAUCAGAAUCUGAAGCCCCAUCAUGAAAGUGGACUAUAAAAUGACAAUUCACCGACGGCGGCAAAUGACACUGACCAAUGGCCAUACAAAAAUUUUAUUUCAGAAAAAUGUCAAUUUAGCCUCUUUAUUUGCCAGUCAAUUCCAGCUUCUGUGGCCAUACCACUGUGUGAUGUCUCUGACCGACUUGGUGUACAGCCUGGCAUGUCAUAUUUUGCUUUGUUGGGUAACUGGCAAAGAGUGGAUAAAAAUAAGUAA